UUCUAAAGUUUGUCGACAGUGUAUCAGUGUUUUCAAGAUGGCAGUGAUAAAUGCACUGAUUCUAUUUCUGAUUACUGCGUUAAACAAUGAGAACAUAUAUAUUGAUGCAUGUUCAUGUUCAAACACAGUCCGGCUUGUGAACGGUUCGAGCCCAAACGAAGGACAUAUUGAGCUAUUCCAUCAAGGAGAAUGGAAAUCAUUCUGCGACGAUGAAAUUUAUUAUGAUUCAACCGGACUUCAAGGAAGCAAAACAUCAUCAGUUGUGUGUAGAAUGUUGGGAUAUACGAUGGGCUACGAAAGUUACAGACAUACAUCCCCAUAUGGUCGUAGCACUGAAACAACUUGGUUAGACAACAUGCGAUGUGAUGGCACCGAAACUAAUUUAGAAGAGUGCCAAUUCCUCGGCGAGUGUAAAGAUUUCCAUAAUAUCGGCGUUACUUGCAAAGGAGAAAUCGAUUGUUGCGAUAUACCAAAAGUACUUCCGGAAAUAAGACACACAAUGCAAGGCGAUAUAGAAAGAAUAUUGAGUCCUUACUUGCAGUUUAGGUGUGAUCGUAGGUCUAAUGAUACAAAUCCGUAUCUCGUAAAUUGGUAUGUUGAUAAUGUACAAAUUACUCAAAAAGGACCAUCGAAUAUAUCAGACGACCUUGUACUUACAGAACAUGAAUUAACAAAAGAGGGUCUCGGUUUUGACGUAGAGUGUGGUGUGCUCAAAGUAAAUGCGUCAACAAAUGUUAAUGACUCCCUUGCUGAAUCAAAUGAAACAAAAAGUCUUCCUUUCUAUGCAGGACUAAAGAUUAGUGAACAAGAUAUUACUGUAAGUAAAGGAGGUUACACUACUGUUCAGGUAACACAAACAGUUCCAUUGGGAUGUCAAUAUAACGAAAACGAUUCAUCUGGUUGCUCUACAACGUUGUCGCUUUACGAUGAAAAUUUGAGUGAGAAUCCAUGUGAUGCGGGGAUAAAUGCGGUCAAUGCUGCCGACGACGAUAUAUGUGUAAACGAAAUCGUGGCGCAAAAACAAACAGACGUAUGGGAUUCAGAUAUAGUCUACACCUUCCGUGUGUCAACCGUUGAUAACAAUUACGACGAUGCAAAAGAAUUUGAUUUGCAACUGGAGCUUGGUAACAAUGUAAGGCACACAUUAUGGCAAAGUUACGUGGUUAACAACUUCCAUGUCAAAGUUGAGGAGACAGGAGACUACAAAGAUAAAAUGUGCUAUUCACAUGUAGAUCCACACAUGAGAACGUGCGACGGAAACUAUUACGAAAAUCAGAGGGAGGGCUUCUACAUGCUGUUUCAUCACAUAGGAGCAGACGUGGAGGUGCAAGAGGCAACAAAAUAUUGUUUCGGAGGAAACAGCGGGCCAGUUUGUACAUGUGGAAUAGCUGUGCGUGCUGGGAAGGACGUUUUCAUGAUCAACCGUUGUGGAAGUAUCAAUCUUCUGGAUUUUCUUCGAUGCGACGACGGCGGUAUAAUUCAAGUUGAACGAAUUAAUGAUUAUAGAUACAAGAUUGUAACACCGACUGGGACACAAGUCUUUGCAAACCUGCUGGAUGGCUAUUACCAGAACACGAUGAAUAUUGACAUCAUCCUGUCAGCGAAAGAUAUUGGAAAAACAGAAGGACUAUGUGGAUUGUGUGAUGGGAAUCCUUCGAAUGACUUUAUUAGGAAAGAUGGAAUUACUUCUAGCAAUAAUGCCGAUUAUACGUUUUCGAAUAGCUGGAGGUUGACAGAUGAUAUAAAUUUAUUCACUGCAUCAAAAAGAAUCCUAGAAAGUUGGGCUAUUCGAAAUGAAGUAACAUGUCGUUGUGUUGAAGGAAUAUGCACUGUUCAACGCCGACGCGAGUGUGGAAGGACAGUGAAUUCAAUAACGAAGACAAAAUGUGAUAUACAAAGUCGAAAGAAACGCGCACUUGGUGAUUACAAACAUCAAAAAGAAAUAGAUCGUCUUUAUGCUUUAAUGCUGACACCUCGGAGGAUUAUUACGAAACGAAGUACAGUAGAAACCAAUGUAACGGCUGAAAUGGCGAAUACAGCUUGCAAUGAGUCCAUUUAUUCAGCACCUGCCGUGGUAGAAUUUCCAAAUAAGACUGCAGGUGAAGAUCUUGGAGAACUAGUGAAGCAAUGUGUUUACGACGUUAAAGAGUCCAACGAUACAUCUUGGGCAACUGUUCAUGUUGAUGCUAUCAACACAAUUACUAAGAAUAUAUUGGAUUUAAAUCCAGAGUAUGUUGCAAACAAAACCGACGAAGUUGAAAUAUUUCUGACGCAGACAUGCUCAAAAAAUUGCAGUGGAAAUGGAAUAUGUUUAGACACAGGUGAAUGUAAUUGCACAAGUUCGUUUAGAGGACCAGAUUGUAGUUUUGAUAUUCGAGAUCCGAUUAUUAUCGAAGACGUAGAAGGAGGUGGAGAGUGUGAUAAAGCAAACUCGAGUGAAUGCACUUGUUUUACCAUUCGGGCAGUCCAUUUGUUUGAGGGGUUCUCUUGUAGAACAACUAUUACUCGUGUUCAGAACAGCAGCGAACAAAUUGUUUUGACGGAAAAUGCAAUACAAAAGGGUGCUUACGAAGAUAUCUAUACCGGUACAUGCUGCAUAACAGAAGAACAAAAUGCAUUAUCAGCAGAAAACGAUUUUGUUCACGUAUACAAAUUCUCAGCAAGUAAUGACGGAAACAGUUUUGGUGAACCACAAAAUGUUUAUGUAUACGAUUCAACAUGUCAUGAUAUAUACAUAAAUGAAACAGUUACAGACAUUUCUUUAAAGGGUAGCUUCUGUUUCAUAGAUAACCAAUGUCAUGUGGAUGGUGAGCUGUCUUAUACUGGUUGUCUAUUCUGUAACUCAUCCGUAACGGCGUAUAACUGGACAGACUAUAAUCAGUGUGUGAAUGGUGGAACAUGUAUCUUUCAAGACAACGAGUACAUGUGCGAAUGUAUGGAUGGCUAUGAAGGAAUGAACUGCGAGAUAGAUAUCGAUGAAUGCGUGUCCAUUCCUUGCCAGAAUAAUGGCACGUGCAUAGAUGCUGUAAAUGGAUACACGUGUAAUUGUUCAGAUGGUUAUGAGGGCAAAAACUGUGAAACUGAUAUUGAUGACUGUGUGUCGGACCCAUGCGGCGUUGGUGGUAUCUGUACCGAUCAUGUCAAUGGUUUCAGUUGCAACUGUUCUGAUGGUUAUACCGGCACACUUUGUGAAACAAAUAUCGAUGAAUGUGCCUCGCAGCCAUGUUGGAAUGGAGGUACCUGCGUAGACCAAAUUAAUGGAUACAACUGUACUUGUGUUAACGGUUACGAGGGCAUGACGUGCCUGAAUGAGACAGACGAGUGCAUGUCAAAUCCUUGUCAGAAUGGGGGUUCCUGCAAUGAUGAAAUAAAUAGAUACAAUUGUACAUGUGCAGGAGGUUUUGAAGGAUCUAAUUGUGAAACAGACACUAACGAAUGCCAAUCAAGUCCAUGUCAAAAUGGAGCUAAUUGCACUGAUGAAGUAAAUGGAUAUACAUGCACGUGUUCAGACGGUUAUGAAGGAGCAAACUGUGAGAAAGAUAUAAACGAAUGCCAGUCUAACCCAUGUCAGAAUGAAGCUAAUUGCACGGACGAAGUUAAUGGAUAUGAAUGUAUAUGUCUAGCUGGCUAUGAAGGAAAUAACUGUGAGACAGAGAUAGAUGAAUGCCUGUCCAACCCAUGUCAGAACGAGGCUACUUGCACGGAUGAAGUUAAUAAAUACAAAUGCACCUGUGCAGGAGGUUAUGAAGGGUUAAAUUGUAUGAAAGAAUUAGACGAGUGUCUGUCAAAUCCAUGUCAUAAUGGAGCUACUUGUACAGAUCAAGUAAAUGAAUAUAAUUGCACAUGUGCGGGAGGUUAUGAAGGAUCUAAUUGUGAGACAGAGACUAACGAGUGUCAAUCCAGUCCGUGUCAAAACGGAGCUAAUUGCACUGAUGAAGUUAACGGAUAUACCUGCACAUGUACGGCUGGUUUUGAGGGAACUAACUGUGAGGAAGAUACAGACGAAUGUCAUUCCAAUCCGUGUCUAAAUGGAGCUGAUUGUACGGAUGAGAUCAAUGGAUAUAAAUGCAUAUGUGAAGAAGGUUAUGAAGGAACUAGUUGUGAAACAGAGAUAAAUGAGUGCCAGUCAAAUCCAUGUCAGAAUGGAGGUACUUGCAAGGAUGAAAUAAGCAGAUACAAUUGUACAUGUGCAGGAGGUUUCGAAGGAUCUAAUUGUGAAACAGAUACUAACGAGUGUCAAUCAAGUCCAUGUGAGAAUGGAGCUAAUUGCACUGAUGAAGUUAAUGGAUAUACAUGCACGUGUUCAGACGGUUAUGAAGGAGCCAACUGUGAGAAAGAUAUAGAUGAAUGCCAAUCAAGUCCGUGUCAGAAUGGAGCGAAUUGUACGGACAAAGUCAAUGAAUAUGAAUGUAUAUGUGCAGCUGGCUAUGAAGGCAAUAACUGUGAGACAGAAAUAGAUGAGUGUCUGUCAAAUCCAUGUCUUAAUGGAGCUUCUUGCCUGGAUGAAGUUAAUAGAUAUAAAUGCCAUUGUGCUGGAGGUUAUGAAGGAUCUAACUGUGAGACAGAGACUGACGAGUGUCAAUCCAGUCCGUGUCAGAAUGGAGCAAAUUGCACUGAUGAAGUAAAUGGAUAUACCUGCACAUGUUCAGAAGGUUAUGAAGGAGCCAACUGUGAAACAGAUAUAGACGAAUGUCAAUCAAGUCCAUGUUAUAAUGGUGCUUCCUGUAACGAUGAAGUCAAAGGAUAUCAAUGUAUCUGUGUAGAUGGCUACGAAGGCAGUAACUGUAAACUAGAAGUUAACGAGUGUCUGUCAAGUCCUUGUCAGAAUGGAGCUAAUUGCACUGAUGAAAUCAAUGGAUAUAGCUGCACAUGCGCAGAAGGUUAUAAGGGAACAAACUGUGAAACAGAAAUAGAUGAGUGCCUCUCAAAUCCAUGUCAGAAUGGAGCUACUUGCAUGGAUGAAGUUAGCAGAUAUAAUUGCACAUGUGCAAAAGGUUACGAGGGAUCCAAUUGUGAGACAGAAAUAAAUGAGUGCCUGUCAAAUCCAUGUCAGAAUGAAGGUACUUGCAAGGAAAAAGUAAAUAGAUACAAUUGUACAUGUUCAGGAGGUUAUGAAGGAUCUAACUGUGAAACAGAGAUAAAUGAGUGCCUGUCAAAUCCAUGUCAGAACGGAGGUACUUGCAAGGAUGAAGUAAAUAGAUACAAUUGUACAUGUGCAGGAGGUUAUGAAGGAUCUCACUGUGAAACAGAGAUAAAUGAGUGCCUGUCAAAUCCAUGUCAAAAUGGAGGUAAUUGCAAGAAUGAAGAAAAUAGAUACAAUUGUACAUGUGCAGAAGGUUAUGAAGGAUCUAACUGUGAAACAGAGAUAAAUGAGUGCCUGUCAAAUCCAUGUCAGAAUGGAGGAACAUGCAAAGACGAAGUAAAUAGAUACAACUGUACAUGUGCAGGAGGUUUUGAAGGAUCUGACUGUGAAACAGAGAUAAACGAGUGCCUGUCAAAUCCAUGUCAAAAUGGUGGUACUUGCAGGGAUGAAGUUAAUAGAUACAAUUGUACAUGUGCAGGAGGUUUUGAAGGAUCUAAUUGUGAAACAGAGAUAGAUGAGUGUCUGUCAAACCCAUGUCAGAAUGGAGCUACUUGCACGAAUGAAGUAAAUGAAUAUAAAUGUACAUGUGCAGAAGGUUAUGGAGGAUCUAGUUGUGAGACAGAAAUAGACGAGUGCCUCUCAAACCCAUGUCAGAAUGGAGCUACUUGCACGGAUGAAGUUAACAGAUACAAUUGCACAUGUGCAAAAGGUUAUGAGGGAUCCAAUUGUGAGACAGAAAUAAAUGAGUGCCUGUCAAAUCCAUGUCAGAAUGGAGGUACUUGCAAAGACGAAGUAAAUAGGUACAAUUGUACAUGUGCAGGAGGUUUCGAAGGAUCUAAUUGUGAAACAGAGACAAAUGAGUGCCUGUCAAAUCCAUGUCAGAAUGGAGGAACUUGCAAAGACGAAGCAAAUAGAUACAAUUGUACAUGUGCAGGAGGUUUUGAAGGAUCUAAUUGUGAAACAGAGAUAGAUGAGUGUCUGUCAAACCCAUGUCAGAAUGGAGCUACUUGCACGAAUGAAGUAAAUGAAUAUAAAUGUACAUGUGCAGAAGGUUAUGAAGGAUCUAGUUGCGAGACAGAGAUAGAUGAGUGUCUGUCAAACCCAUGUCAGAAUGGUGCUACUUGCACGGAUGAAGUUAAUAGAUACAAAUGCACCUGUGCUGUGGGUUAUGAAGGAUCUAGUUGUGAGACUGAGACUAAUGAGUGCCAAUCCAGUCCGUGUCAGAAUGGAGCUACUUGCACUGACGGAGAAAAUAGCUAUACAUGCACAUGUGCUGGGGGUUAUGAAGGACCCAACUGUGAAACAGAUAUAGACGAGUGUCAAUCCAGUCCCUGUGAAAAUGGAGCUAACUGUACGGAUGAAGUCAAUGGAUAUAAAUGUAUAUGUGCAGAUGGUUAUGAAGGCAACAACUGUGACAUAGAGACAGAUGAGUGUCUGUCAAAUCCAUGUCAGAAUGGAGCUAGUUGUUCAGAUGCAAUCAAUGGAUAUACAUGUACUUGUGGUGGAGGUUAUGAAGGCUCUAACUGUGAAACAGCAAUUACUACGACAACUACACAGACGCAUACUGUAUCAACAAAACGUUUACCAAUGCGUGUAGUAUUCCCAAUAGAUGCGACAGACAUAAAUCUUUCAGAUUUAGAAUUAAAGCAAGAAAUUAAACAGCAGAUUGUGGCAUUCUACAUAAAUCUGGUCGGAGAGACGUUCAAACGAGUGUCUAAUGUAACUAUCAGCAUUGGCAGCUUGGUCGUAGAUUUUGUGGCUGAAUAUGAGGACAGCGAACAGACAUCCAGUGAUUUUACUAACGCUAAUGUUGAUCUUGUCAGUGGUGACAAGACAAUGGAAUUGCUUAACAGAUCCGUGUCGGCAACAUCUAUUACAAUAGACCAAAUGACUGUCACUGCAGAAAGUGUGAAAAGCGAUAAUGUAAUUUGUGAAGUAUUUCUUACAAUUAAUGGAGAUUGUCUUGAUAAUCAGCACUGUUCUCUGACGUCCAGGAGAGCCAGAUGUGUGGAGGACGAUCCAAAAUUCGGACUCAUUUUCGUCGUGCUAAUGAUACUGUGUGCUUUCGCCGCCUUCAUCCUGCUAGCGUUCAUCAUUAUUAAACUUAUAAGUAUUUAA